AUGCAAGCAUUUUCAGCAAGUAACAAACCCUAUAAAAUCGUUGUUCCCCGACCUCCGUUUCGCCAUCUCACCACUCCCACUUCAAUCCUCACCUCAACACAAACCUUCACAUUCUUCUCCCUAUCCCAGACUCUCACCAACUCAACACUGAAUUAUGAACUCCACCACCGCAUUCGUUUCCGCCGCCCCCGUCCUUGGUCGCGCUUCUUCCGCGUUGGCCUCCUCUUCCCUGAACCCUCGUCGCACGCCGAUCGCCACCCCGACUCGCCGUGCGGCCCUCGCCAUGUCAAUGGACGAUAUCGAGAAGAAAGCUACCGUGCCGUCACUGCCGAAGAUUCCCCAGGGCUUCACUGCCUUCUCUGAGGAGCUGAACGGGCGUGCAGCUAUGAUUGGCUUCGUGCUCGGGCUCACCACCGAGGUCAUCACUGGGAAGGGCAUCAUCGGUCAAGUUGCAUCUAUCUUUGACAUCGUCAACCAAGCCUCUGCUCUCGGCAACUAAGCUGCCUACACGGCAUGCUUUGUGUGUAGGUAGAAAAUAGUGGUAUAGAAAGAAACCGACAAUAAAUUAUGACUGAAGUUGGACUAAGAUAAUGUGCUCUGCCUGACCACGUUCGCAAUCUUC